AUGAUGUUUUCCCCAUCAAGUGCAACGAAAAUGGAAGAAGGAGAAGAGAACAAACUCGAAAUCGCGAGGGACCGUGACUUCGAGGACCAGCUUCAGCUGCAAGGUGGUGCUGAGUUGCAGCCUCAGAAAUGGAGUGAUCAGAUAACACUGAGAGGGUUGCUUGUGAGCAUGAUGAUUGGAAUAAUGUACAGCAUAAUAGUCAUGAAGCUCAACCUCACAACUGGCAUGGUUCCCAACCUGAAUGUCUCUGCUGCACUCCUUGCUUUUGUGUUUGUCCGGAGCUGGACGAAGGUUCUCCAAAAGGCUGGCUUUGUGUCGAAGCCCUUCAGCCGCCAAGAGAACACCAUCAUACAGACUUGUGCUGUUGCAUGCUAUAGCAUUGCUAUUGGAGGAGGAUUUGCUUCUUAUCUACUGGGAUUAAACAGGAAGACUUAUGAGUUGUCUGGGGUGGGAACUCCGGGUAACAGUCCAGGUGCCAUUAAAGAACCGGGAUUUGGUUGGAUGACUGGCUUCCUUUUUGUGGUUUGCUUUGUUGGCCUUUUUGUCUUGAUCCCACUCAGAAAGAUCAUGAUAGUUGAUCUUCAAUUAACAUAUCCAAGUGGCUUAGCAACAGCUGUUCUAAUCAAUGGUUUUCAUACCCAGGGUGACAAAAUGGCCAAGAAGCAAGUGAGGGGGUUCAUGAAAUAUUUUUCCAUCAGUUUCUUAUGGGGUUUAUUUAAGUGGUUCUUCUCAGGGAUAAGAGACUGUGGAUUUGAACAGUUCCCUACCUUUGGAUUGCAAGCUUGGAAGCAAACAUUCUACUUUGAUUUCAGCAUGACUUAUGUGGGAGCAGGAAUGAUUUGUUCUCACCUCGUCAAUGUGUCUUUGCUCCUUGGAGCUGUGCUCUCAUAUGGGGUCAUGUACCCUUUAGUUGAUAAGCUUAAAGGACAAUGGUACCCUGAUAAUCUAGAAGAAACCAACAUGAAGGGCUUAUAUGGCUAUAAGGUUUUUCUGUCAAUUGCUCUAAUCCUGGGUGAUGGCAUAUACAACUUCACCAAGAUUUUAGUUGCCACAGUUAAUGGCAUAAUUGACAAGAUGAAGCACUAUAAAGAUCGGAACCAAAAGAACGCAGUAGCAGCUGAGCAGCAAGGGUAUCCAAAUGGAAACAUUAAACAGACUGAGUUGUUCCUCAAGGAGAACAUUCCCAUGUGGAUUGGAAUAGUUGGAUACCUUGUUUUCACAGUCAUUUCAACAAUUUUGAUCCCGCUUAUGUUUCCCCAGCUCAAAUGGUACUUUGUCGUGGUUGCUUACAUUUUUGCUCCAGCUCUUGCCUUCUGUAAUGCUUUGGGAGCUGGUCUCACAGACAUAAACAUGGCGUAUAACUAUGGCAAAGUUGCACUCUUUGUGAUGGCAGCUUUGAGCGGGAAAGAAAAUGGUGUUGUGGCGGGACUGGUGGGUUGUGGUGUCAUUAAAUCAGUGGUUUCAGUUUCUUGCAUUCUGAUGCAAGAUUUCAAAACUGCUCAUUACACCUUAACCUCUCCCAGAGCAAUGUUCAUGUGCCAAGUAAUUGGCAUUGCAAUGGGAUGUGUAACAGCUCCUCUGAGCUUCUUCUUGUACUACAAGGCAUUCAAUGUGGGAGACCCUAAUGGAGAAUUCAAGGCUCCUUAUGCACUGAUAUACAGAAACAUGGCAGUUAUAGGUGUUGAAGGCUUCUCAGCAUUGCCUCAUCAUUGCUUGCAGCUUUGCUAUGCAUUCUUUGCUUUUGCUGUGGCAGUAAACGUGGUGAGGGAUCACUCGCCUAAAAAGAUAGCAAAAUGGAUGCCGUUACCAAUGGUAAUGGCAGUGCCAUUCCUAGUUGGGGCAUACUUUGCAAUUGACAUGUUCAUGGGAACUGUGAUUGUGUUCUUGUGGCACAAGAUUAACGACAAGAAGGCAAAGUUGAUGGUUCCGGCAGCUGCUUCUGGACUAAUUUGUGGGGAGGGACUUUGGACUCUUCCUGCUGCCAUUCUUGCUCUUGCAAGGAUCAAUCCUCCAAUUUGCAUGAAAUUUGUCCCUUCCUAG